GACUCUAUUAUUUUGUAUCUUGUUUCUCAACCAAACGGCUCCUAUGUGAAAGCGUAUACUAGUGAAAUCAUUUUCCCUUUUUAUUUCAAUGGUCACUUUUCCUUUGGACUCCUCUUGUAAAGCUAUACCUAAUUUUUUUCCUUAAUUCUGAAGCCAAAAAACAAGAAGUUGUUUCUUUCUCCAACUCCUUCAUCAUUUUGGUCUCAUGGCUUCACUGAUUUCUACCCUCUGUAUUUUCUUCUUUUUGCUCAAUAUAAGUCUCACACCAGUUGUUGGUGAAGUGAUCUUUGAGGAUGGUUACUCAGUAAGCACAGUAAUUGAUGGCAACAAGAUCAAAAUUAACCCACACUCCAUCAUCCCUGUAUCUGGGGGUUUCAUCAUUCUUGAUUCUACUGCUAGUACUUUUUACACAUUAUCGUACAACAAAGAUUCAGAUUUUUCUGUUACAAAGUUAACUGGUACCGAUAUUGGCUACGAGGAUGGUUCUCUGGAUAAGGCUAAGUUCAACAAACCGAGAAGCUUUGUUGUUGAUUCAAAAGGGAAUAUUUAUGUUGCUGAUAUGAAGAACAUGCAUGCAAUUAGAAAGAUUAGCAAGUCAGGUGUUACUACAAUAGCAGGAGGUAAUUCAAAAACAGCUGGCCGUGCUGAUGGACCUGGAUUAAAUGCCUCAUUCUCAGAUGAUUAUGAGCUUUAUUUUGUUCCUGAAAGAUGCACUCUAAUGAUCUCUGACCACGGUAAUAGAUUAGUCCGCGAAAUACAGCUUAAGGCCGAGGAUUGUUCAAGAGAUUCUCAUUCUGGUCUAAGAGCAGUUUCUACAUGGUUCUUAACCGUGGGGCUUCCCUGCUUAGUCUGCUUGAUUCUCGGGUUUCUUGCUCGUCCUUAUGUUAUCCCAAAUACAGGAUCACCGCGGUCGUCUUUGGCGCAACAUGACAUGGAAGCCCUUCCUAAUCAGUCUGGAGAAACAAGUUCUGAUGUUCUGCUUCGGCAUCAGAAGCGUAGUUGUUGAUUCAAAUAUCUAUUCACUCUUAAGGAGGCUCGUAUUGCUUAGUUUCUCCCAUCUGCGUCUAAUGUUUAGUCCUAAAGUAGUAGUAGUACGGCAGACUUCUCAUAGACAACCAGCACCUCUAAUAAAUUUUCAUGACUUUGAAAGCAAAGAAUCAGCUAAAGCACCGGUGGUAGUUAACAGUUUAGAAGAUCUAAUCACUUUUGAUGGAAGUUUAGACAACUCUGAGCUCACUGCUAAUCAAGAUGAUACAGUGAAGGAAAGUAUCGAUGUUUCUGUUGUAGAUAGCAUGAUACUAGCUAAUAUAAAAGUGUUUGCAGAGCAAGGGAAUGCUCCUUCAGGACCCGAAGUUUCACAAAGCAUUUUGAGCUUAGUCAACCAAAAAAAAAAAGUAGUUUAGUGAAGUCAAGUAGUAGUAUUAAUGUAUUAGCAUUAACGUUUGCAACUGUUUUGGAAGUUAUCAGUCUAUCUGCUACAAUUUUCAUGUCCAUAGUAGGACAACUGAACAAGUAAAUGACUCGGUUCCUUUUGAGUUACUAUUUCUAUUGUGUUUCUUGUUUUAAUGAA